UAGCACUGGUUAAAUUUUAAAACCAAACAAAUUAAUAGAGAGAACUGAGAGAAGGCUCUCUCGUCUCUGUCUCUCUCCCUCUCCCUCUCUCUCCCCACUGCUCCUUCAACGCCCCAUCCAAAUCUACAUCAAUGCCCAACAAAAGCCGGUGCAUACCAGCAACACAAAAAAUAAUAUUAGUAUAACUUCAUGAUUCUCACGUUCAUCAUAUUUCAUCCAAUCCCGCUCUGCCGCCUUCGAAUUUUCCCUCUGAUUUUUUCUCAAAUCACUCUCUCUCUUCCACAAACAUCUUUUUUGAUUCUUUAAUCUCCGAAAAAUCUCAAAUAAUAAUUUUCUAAUCAGUUUUCACAAAAAAGAAAACGAAACCCUAGUUCGUUUGACAGCCAUGACAGAGGUCCUCCACUCCUCACCCUCUUCUUCUUCUUCUUCCCUAUCCUUACCUACACCAACACACAAUGACGCGUGGUUCGAAACCCAGUCCGUAGAUGAAGAAGAGGAGGGGUAUUCUAGGGUUAGGGUUAGGGAGUGUGACACAAGGGAUGAAGUGAAGGAGACAAACAAAAACGGGGAUCAGGAGUUGUCUCUGUUGGCCCUUCUGGUGACCCUCUUCAGGAAGUCCUUUUGGGUUGCUUGCAAGACUGAUAGGGAGGAGAUUUGUGCUAUGGAGAUCGGGUGGCCCACUAAUGUGCGCCAUGUUGCGCACGUUACGUUCGAUAGGUUUGAUGGGUUCUUGGGUUUGCCUGUUGAGUUUGAGCCUGAAGUGCCCAGGAGGGCCCCUAGUGCCAGUGCUACUGUUUUUGGAGUUUCCACGGAAUCCAUGCAGUUGUCUUAUGACCCUAUAGGGAACAUUGUCCCAACUAUACUUCUCCUGAUGCAAAGACAGUUGUAUGCUCAAGGUGGCCUACAGGCGGAAGGGAUUUUCAGAAUCAAUGCAGAAAACAGCCAAGAAGAGUGUGUCAGGGAUCAAUUAAACAGGGGAGUGGUUCCAGAAGGAAUUGAUGUACACUGUUUGGCGGGUCUUAUCAAGGCUUGGUUCAGAGAACUCCCAACUGGGAUAUUGGAUUCUCUUUCGCCUGAGGAGGUAAUGCAGUCCCAGUCAGAAGAUGAUUGUACUGCACUUGUGAGGCGUUUACCCCCAACAGAAGCUGCUCUAUUUAAUUGGGCCAUCAAUCUGAUGGCUGAUGUUGUCCAAUGGGAACAUCUGAACAAGAUGAAUGCACACAACAUUGCAACUGUGUUUGCACCGAACAUGACACAGAUGGCUGAUCCAUUGACUGCACUGAUGUAUGCAGUUCGAGUGAUGAACUUCCUCAAGACACUCAUUGUGAAGACACUACGAGAAAGAGAAGAUUCCAUGAUAGAACCAGCUGCUUCCUGCCCAGAGCCUUCUGAUGAGAAUGGACACCAGAGUCCUUCACAGCGCUGUGUAGAAAAUACUGCGCAAGAAAAUGAAGAGACAGAGCUGGUCUUUAUUGCUGAAGAACCUGUUCCAGAAAAUGAUUCUGACUCGAAUGAACUUGAUUGCAUAACUGAUGGUGAAGCUUAUAGUGAUUCGACUUCUGUUGAGGAACCAUAUGGAGAUUGUGAUUCUUGUUUGCAAGUUGAAACCACCAUUUAUGAAACAGAAGCAGCAGGUACGGUUGAUGGUCCAAAAACUAGGGUUCAGGAGGACAUCAGUGUGAGCAAAAUCGGCCCAUCAAGUAAUCCAAAUCUUAGCACAGGUGCUGGAAAAAUUAAGGGGCAGCAACCUGUAGAUCUGGUAGUCGGACCAGUUAAAAAGAGCAAAGAAAUGAGCAAUUUAAGCCGUAUAAACUUAAGUACAGAGCGAAUUGAAGCAUGGUGUUGAAGGACGGCCCUGAUUGAUUCUACCACAAGGUGACAAAGCAGAUCCCGUUUGAUUUGGAAAUUGUGAAAAGUCUUUUCUUUAUUUCAAUGUUGUUUUCUUUAACCUGUUAAUGUUGUGACAUUUCCAUGGUACCAAACACUUUUAACAAUCUGUUUUCGGAAAAUACACGCCCAACUUGUUUUCGUGCGUUUUAUUUUUA